AAAAAACUCACGUUGGUAUUAAAUAACUAACCUAAAAAAAUACCGGAAAAAAGAAAUUAUUUAUAAAUUCAUCAUGGUAUUUACUACCGUUGUAAAUCUAAUUAGAAGUCGGGGUCCCGAUGAAUUCUGGCGUAAACGCAAAAUCUUUAAAUUAGCAGCCCAUUUCCAAGGAAGAAAACGUAAUUGUUACAGCAUAGCAAUUAGAUAUGUACAUCGAGCUUUAGUAUACGCAACGAAAGGACGACAAUUAAAGAAACAAGACAUGGCAAAUCUUUGGGAUACUAGAAUUGUUGCGGGGUGUGAACAACACGGAAUUAGUUAUAACAAUUUUAGAGAAGGAUUAGCAAGAAGUAACAUUCUUUUAAAUAGAAAAACUUUGGCUGAUUUGGCAUGUUGGGAACCGUACACUUUUAAAGCAUUAACAAAUGUAGCCAAUGCUAAGUGUAAAGAAGAUGAAUUGGGAGAAAUUAAAGCUUUAAGAUUACCUUUAGAUGUUAUUACAAACAAAAAGGGUAGAUAAUUAUGUAGGUCGUUUGGAUAAUGUAGUAGAUUUAAUGAAUAAAAGCAAAAACUUUGUAGUAAAAA